GGGCGGGGGUGGGGGAUGCUGGCCGAGGGUGGUGCCCGCCUCUGGAGCUCCCUGCAGAGCCAUCUGCUCCCAGCCCAGCCAGCCAGUGACGCUGCCUCUCGCCUCCUGUUAGGGCUUUCCUGCCCCACCAAGCUGCUGAUUCAUCCACGCUGGAGUUGCCGGGCUGUGGGGCUGGGGCCCGGGGCUCUCGCUCAGGCUCUCUGGGCGGAGGCACUGGGCCUGCUGGGAGGUGUCCUUGAGCCCCUGUCCCCUGGCCAGGAGGGCAUGGGGGGGGCGGUGAGGGAGCAGGGGGCUCUGGACAUCACGGAGCCCCAGCAGACCUCUGACCAGAAAUGGUGUUUCAAGGAUGACCGCAUCGUCUUCUGGACUUGGAUGUUCUCUACCUACUUCAUGGAGAAAUGGGCGCCGCGGCAGGACGACAUGCUUUUCUAUGUGCGCCGGAAGCUGGCGUACCCGGGCAGCGAGGGCAGCGUGGACGGGAGGAAGCUGGCCGAGGCUGAGCCCGAGGUGGAGGUAGAGGUAUACCGGCGUGACUCCAAGAAGCUGCCGGGCCUUGGAGACCCUGACAUCGACUGGGAGGAGAGUGUCUGCCUGAACCUCAUCCUGCAGAAGCUGGACUACAUGGUGACUUGUGCUGUGUGCACACGCGCUGAUGGGGGGGACAUCCACAUCCAUAAGAAGAAAUCCCAGCAAGUGUUUGCGUCCCCCAGUAAACACCCCAUGGACAGCAAGGGGGAAGAAUCCAAGAUCAGCUACCCCAACAUCUUCUUCAUGAUCGACAGCUUCGAGGAGGUGUUCAGCGACAUGACGGUGGGGGAGGGAGAGAUGGUCUGCGUGGAGCUGGUGGCCAGUGACAAAACCAACCUGUUCCAAGGGGUCAUCUUUCAGGGCUCCAUCCGCUAUGAGGCACUCAAGAAGGUGUAUGACAACCGAGUGAGUGUGGCUGCCCGUAUGGCACAGAAGAUGUCGUUCGGCUUCUACAAGUACAACAACAUGGAGUUUGUGCGCAUGAAGGGGCCCCAGGGCAAGGGUCAUGCGGAGAUGGCAGUCAGCCGCGUGUCUAUUGGUGACACGUCCCCCGGCGGGACCGAAGAGGAUUCCAGCCCGGCUUCACCCAUGCAUGAGCGGGUGACCUCCUUCAGCACGCCCCCCACCCCGGAGCGGAACAACCGGCCCGCAUUCUUCUCCCCAUCCCUCAAGAGGAAGGUGCCCCGGAACCGGAUCGCUGAGAUGAAGAAGUCUCACUCGGCCAAUGACAGCGAGGAGUUCUUCCGCGAGGACAACGGCGGGGCGGAUCUGCACAAUGCCACCAACCUGCGGUCUCGGUCCCUGUCUGGCACGGGGCGGUCUCUGGUCGGGUCCUGGCUGAAGCUGAACAGAGCGGAUGGAAAUUUCCUUCUCUAUGCACACUUGACCUACGUCACUUUGCCGUUGCAUCGGAUUUUAACAGACAUCCUGGAAGUGCGGCAGAAGCCCAUCCUGAUGACCUAGCCGUGUGCAGAGCCUGCGCAGAGCCCCCCAGCCCUGCCCAGCCCUGGGGGUGCUGCCAAGUGCCUAGCUGUCCACCACCACCGGGGUCUUCUGUGACAACCCAGCGCCGUCGCCGGAGCCAGGCGGGGCCGCUCGACUCCUGGGGCCAGGGCCGACUCCACGAACACCAGCCCAAACUGAAGUGCCUCUUCCUCCUCCCCUGCUGGCUCUGCUCCUGCCCCUGCGCCCGCCGCCCCCCCCGCCCAUCUCUGGCACGCCCUCUGCACCCCCAGAGGACCAGAGAUGCCAAGAGGCUGUAAGAGAGAGCAGAGGAGCAGCCAGGGUCCAGAGUGUGUCCAGACCCGCCAACCCGACGUCCACACUCAGACCGCAGGUGGAGAGACCACCCGGCUGGGGGCACGCAGAGCGUCAGCGUGUCGACGCCUUCCUAAGGAGAACUGGCUCAAGGUUUCGUGCUGCUGUGCCCAUGAACUUCAGUGUCCGAGUUAGUCCCGACUUGUCCGCCCUCCCUUGUUUACCGCUUGGUUACAAAUGGGUUGCCUCGGGGAGAGGGGGCACACAGCUGAGGGGUUUGCCCUGGGCUGGGAAUGCCUCACCCACGCCCGGUUCCAGAAAGGCCUCGAGCUGAGCAGACAGGCCCCGAUCCUGCCAGAAUGGCCUUUGCUUCCAGCCAAAGAGCACCACCAACACACACACCUCCACCCUGGAGAUAACCCGCUCUGCGCCUCGGCUGGCGUGACCCACAGAAAAUUUGGGCUCCGAGGGCGGGUGGGACGGCUUGGUAGUCAGACAGGAGAAGAGGGCUGGGGGGGUGGGGUUGGCUUCCUCCCAGGAAGGUUCUAGGUAUAACCUCCAUCCUCGGGGGGGCCAGGGAGGGGAUAGGGUGUUUCCUGGAGCUUGCUUGCUUUGACUGAGUGCGCUGGUCCCAUUUCUCAGACCAGCUCACUGAGGCAAAGAGGAUUUGGGUUUGUGUGAGCGGCCAUGCGGCUCCGGGCUCACCCGCGGCCUUGUUCGGGCUGGAGGGAUUCCCACCUGUGAUGGAUGACACGUUGUGCUCUUCUCAAAACCACGAGCCUUCUCGAGUGGAAGCGGUUCCCUGCCCCAUUGGGAAUAAACCGUCAGCUGGGUCUCUGUUGCUAUGUUGUUUUGUUUGAAGUCCCCAGGAAUAUUUGAGGGUUUGCUGUCGUGCACGGAGACCCUCUCUGCAAGGAGAGAAGGGGUUGGAGGGGUUUGUUCUCCCAUCUGUUUUAUUCUGUGCGCUCCAAGGGUUUGCGCUGGGCUCCGGGAACAGGGGCUACUUUGGGGCUUUCUCUAGAUUUUGUAUGCUGUUAUUAAAGCAAGCUAUUGCAUUUCAUUCUGCCUCAGUUGGCCCACCUGUAAAAUGGGGCUGAUACCACCUACCUCAUGAAGUGUCCAGGGUUCCGGUGCACGACUGGGUCAGGCAGCCUUUCUGCAGAGCUCGGGUUGGUGGGGGGCUCUUGGGAGGCUUUCCCCGCCAUCACCUGUGUGGUGGGGCUGGGCUGGAACGUUCUCGCCUUCUCUGGCAGUGCCCAGCUCACGCUUGGCUGAAUCCCAGCUGUCUGCACAAUUUCACGUUCCAGAGCAGUGUUUCAGGACAGCACAGAGUCAGGCCUCGCCGCCAAGCCCUGGAGCGGAGCCUCUGCUCCCUGAGCGCGGCCCCAUGUUCCAAGAGUGUUCUCCAGGGGAGCCAGACGCCGCCUCCAAGUUUGUGUCCAGGGUGGCUAAAACACAGCUUUUUCUUCAGGAAUGCUUUCUCCCUGGUCAUCCGGGGUCUGAAGACUCUGGAACUCAGGUCCUGGGAGAAGUACGGUCCCGAUGUAUCUUCCACGGAAGGAGGAGGUAGUCGAGCAGAUGCAGGAGGACGGCGGCCCUCCCUCUGUUCUCAGAGGUUGAGGAGCACGAGAGGGUGCCCCCGCCGGAACCAAGCCCCGGGGCUCAGCCACGGCUGCUGGCGGGGCCGCGGGCACGUCCGACGCCGCCUCGGUGACGCGACAAACUGCGGGCACAGGGCGCCCGAGGGCCGGCUGCCGUGAUGUGCGCGAGUGCUUUGCCGUGCGCCACAGCGCUGUUCCAGGUCGUCCAUGACGCCUCGUCGUACCACGUGCGAACAGCGUGCACCACGGCUUGGCUGUUCCCGGUGCCACCGAGGCCGCACUCGGCCCCCGCAGGCUCGGCCAGCGGCCCACCCACGCGUCCGCGACACUGCUGCCCUGGGACAGACGGACGUGUGUGGUGGCCUCCACCCUGCGCCGUCUUUCCCUCUUCCAGAGGUUACUUCUGAGACUGAAUUUUUAAGCACGCUUUUUUGAGAGGCACUUGGUCACUAGGCAGUAAGCUGUCACCCUGAGGUUCAUUAUUUUCAAAGUGACAAAGGACAUCGGUAACAGAGUAAUAGAAUAACAAGGGACAGGGCCAAGCCCAGCGCCCCAGUGUCCCGGCGUGUCCGGCUGUCACUUCUCGUAAGGCCGUCUUUAACUUUUCUGGAAACACGCCUGUCUCUCGUGUACUGCAGGGAAGACCGAAGCGCGCGCACAUUUCUUCAGUGGGAACUGGAAUCAAAGUACGGUUUUUCUGUGAAGACCCCGCGGUGUCCCUUUUUAGGACAUGAAUAAGAAAGCUCUCUUUUUCUGAGAAAUGUCACGGUCCUAGCGUCUGAUGGGCGGCAUGUCGCCUCUAGUCCACCUUCCAGCGCCUGCAGGCUGAGGGGGGCAUUCGGUCUCGCACGCUGAGGUCUUCCAGGAACUUCCAGUUGCUUGGAGAGACAGCCGAGGCUCAGUAGCUCAGGAGAAUAUUCUCAAGUGACAGGGAAGUAGUCCACAGAGAACAAAAUCUUCCCCAGCCCAGUGAGCUUGGAGAUGGCUGGGCGUUCUGACGAGUCCCGUUCCCGCUCACAUUUGGACUUUUCAGGGACCGUGCCCAGAUGAUCCGGUCAGGUUUCUGCUCCCCACGGAGCAGUGCUAGUUAACGACACAGAGGCACCUGCCCGGUGGGAUUGCUCUUUUAAAGAGUCUGGCUAGAAGCAAACCAGGAGCUGGUGUUGCUGUUUUAAUCACCGUCUAGUCAGUAGACUUGCAAAGUGUGGUAAAAACUCUUUUUUUCCCAUUAAAAGACAUUCCCGAAGGCAGGCCCUGUGCAGCUGUUAAAUCCUAGUGACUGGACUCGAAGGACGCUUCUGACGCCGUCCCAACAGGGAGGCCCGAAAUCGCUGGCCACGACCCUCUAAAGAUGUCAGGCGUUAGGGAGCUGCCGACGGUUUCAUGAGCCUCGAGCGGUCCCACCGCGGCACACGACUGAGCUGGAACAUGGUUUUCUAUCCGGCCUCAAACACCGAGCGUCCGUGGGUGUGACGCUGAUUCUCCCUGUUCGGGCUUCUUCUCGUCUUUGUCUCAGAAAGCAGAUUUCUCUUAAAACACAUCAGCACCCUGACCGGACACGGGUUCCGGGAGAGCAGCAGGCCCAUGCCGGCCUCCUGCGGGAGGCGUUGCCCUCCAGGCUCCCGUGGCCACGGUGCCCCCCGGCCCUCGGGGGGGCUGAGCCCUGGGAGGCGGGUGGGGGGCGCACGCGGGGCUGCUCUCCUCUCCUCUGUUCCUUUCCACCGGCUGUCAUGGCGCGGACACAGUCCUUGGUGGGACAAGGAAUCCUCCGGCCCUUUCUCUGAGCCUCUGUCUCGAGUGGUCUGGAGAACUCCUUGGACGCCCACCCGCAGAAGCCAAGUCACCCGGACCCCGAGUGGCCCGGCCGGCGGUGGAUCCCCCGCAGCGGAGAGAGUUUGUGUUUACAGUUUUCUACCAUCCCCAAGACAAGCAGGCACCUUGAUCUUGGCGGCGCCGGGGCCUUGAGCGCCGGACACCAGAGGUCACAGUGGCGCUCCAGCCGCCCCCCCCCCCCAGCAUCUUGCAAGCCCGGGCGGGUUAGGUGUACAUAGUGAGCACGUAGGUGUACAUUUGCUCGCGGUUCCCGAGCAAACUCUCCACGUGAGAAUCAAAACCUGCAAAGAAAACCUGUUGCGAUUUUUCACGACUUUGAGGCUUAACUAAAACGAUUUCUACAAAAUAUAUUUUGGCAAAAACACCAUGGUGGCAUAAUCGAACACGUUAGGGUCUGUCUCAUGGUCAGUGGCAUUUCCAUAAACAUGAGCCGCUUCUGGGUUCACUGUCUUCCACGUACAGAAAUCAUUUCUGAGCAGCAUUUGGUUGGCUGUGAGCUGUGCUUUUUGCAUUUCUGUUGAAAGUUGAUUUGCAUGUUGGAUAUUAAAUUUAUUUUUCCUCA